AUGGAUAACUCCCAGAAUUUGAGCUACCAAGCUGGUCAAGCCAAGGGUCAAGCCCAGGAAAAAGGUAAUCACAUGAUGAACAGUGCUGCCAAUAUUGCACAGUCUGCUAAGGAAUCACUUCAAGAGGCGGGACAACAAGUGCAGGCCAAAGCACAAGGAGCGGCAGAGGCAGUUAAAAAUGCCACUGGCUUGAACAAAUGA